UCUUUCGAUGCAUCAGCGUCAGGAAGGUGAUGGAUGAUUCAUGAGAGGUGUAUGUGUGUUAGGUAGCAACCCUGGGAGCUCAUAGGACCCAUCCCUAGAUUCCUGCCCUUCCUUUCUCCAUUACCAUUAGGGCCACCACCUUUACAGAUGCCUACAAAUUGCAUUUCUCGCUGUGAAUUCAUGGAGCGUAGUGAGAUCAUAUGUGAUUACAUGAUGAUGAGUUGUUGUUCAUAGUCAAACAGCUUCCUUUUGCCUCUUCGCAUCGGAGGUCGAGGAAUUUGACAUUACCAUUCACUUCAUCUUCUGCUUGUUGUUGUUGUUGUUGUUGUGGUAAUACGGCGAUCGGUUUCUAUUUGAUCUCUCGCCACCUCAACCUCAACCUCCAUCUUCAUCUUCUUCUCCUUUGCUGGUGUCCUGUGGUGGCGUGAUGGCUUCAUCCUCCUUCUUCACACCGGAUUAUGUGUUGCAAAUGCAAACACCACAUGAAGAAGAAGAAGAAGAACGGCAACUCCUCCACGCCACCCCGUGCAGCAAUCUCCAAGACCUCCGAGCCGUGGGUCCGAUGCUGGGGAGGAGGUCCAUGUCCUUCUCGGGGAUCGAGAACGGGGAAGGGAUGAACGGGGAGGACGAGUUAUCCGAUGACGGCAUGCAGACAGGGGAGAAGAAAAGGAGGCUGAACAUGGAGCAGGUGAGGAUGCUGGAGAAGAACUUUGAGCUGGGGAACAAACUGGAGCCGGAGAGGAAAAUGCAGCUGGCCCGAGCCCUGGGAUUGCAGCCCAGGCAGGUGGCCAUUUGGUUCCAGAACAGGAGGGCCAGGUGGAAGACGAAGCAAUUGGAGAAGGAUUACGACCUGCUGAAGAGGCAGUUCGAGGCCAUGAGAUCAGAAAAUGAAGCUCUGCAAUCACAGAAUAAGAAGCUCCAGGCCGAGAUCAUGGCUCUCAAAGGCAGAGAAACAUCGGAACUCAUCAACCUCAACAAAGAAACUGAAGCCUCUUGCAGCAACAGGAGCGAGAACAGCUCCGAGAUCAACUUGGAUAUCUCGAGGACAUCGGUCACCGAGAGCCCCUUGCACCCUCACCAAAGCUUACCUUUCUUCCAAUCAAUUAGGCCUGCCGACAUAGACCAGCUCCUUCAGAGUAGCUCGAGGCCAGACAUGCAAUGCCCCAAGAUCGAGAAUGGCGUCACCGAAGGGAGCUUCAGCAACUUGUUAUGCAGCAUGGAAGAUCAAUCUGCCUCCUUCUGGUCAUGGUCGGAUCACCACAACUUCCACUGAUGCGUCGGUUUGAUGUAUAAAGAGAUCUCCCAAUUACUCUCCACCUGCGUGCCCAACUGUGAAAGCUAUGCUGCAUUAGCAGCACCAGAAGUCUACUACAUAUAUGAGAUGUGCAUGAGCAAAAAAGAUCGCCUUUUGAUUCAGAUAAGGUUGGAAAAUCUGAGAAGACAGGCUUCAGUAUUUGUAUUCCCAUUCUUUUUCCCUUUUCUCGCCUGUGCUGAGUGAUACCAUCAGUUUUAACUAAGUUUACAUGCGUAUUUCUGUUGGCUA